UGACAGGUGAUAUUGGAAACUAUUACUAUGGACAAGGGCAUCCAAUGAAACCUCAUAGGAUCCGAAUGACCCACAACUUGCUGCUAAAUUAUGGCUUGUACAGAAAAAUGGAAAUUUACCGACCCCACAAAGCUACUGCUGAGGAAAUGACCAAGUACCAUAGUGAUGAAUACAUCAAAUUUCUCCGAUCAAUAAGGCCUGACAAUAUGUCUGAGUACAGCAAGCAAAUGCAGAGAUUUAAUGUUGGAGAAGACUGUCCUGUAUUUGAUGGCCUGUUUGAGUUUUGUCAGCUGUCAACUGGAGGCUCUGUUGCUGGGGCGGUAAAAUUGAACAGACAACAGACAGACAUGGCUGUUAAUUGGGCUGGAGGACUUCACCAUGCCAAGAAAUCAGAGGCGUCUGGUUUCUGUUAUGUCAAUGAUAUCGUGCUUGCCAUCCUUGAGUUACUGAAGUAUCACCAAAGAGUGUUGUAUAUUGAUAUUGAUAUCCAUCAUGGUGAUGGUGUUGAAGAAGCAUUUUAUACCACAGAUCGUGUCAUGACAGUAUCAUUCCAUAAGUAUGGUGAAUAUUUUCCGGGCACAGGGGACCUUAGGGACAUUGGUGCUGGAAAAGGCAAAUACUAUGCUGUCAACUUUCCAAUGAGGGAUGGUAUAGAUGAUGAAUCAUAUGGACAGAUAUUCAAACCAAUUAUAUCCAAAGUAAUGGAGAUGUACCAGCCCAGUGCUGUGGUAUUACAGUGUGGAGCAGAUUCACUUUCUGGUGACAGGCUGGGAUGCUUUAAUCUUACCGUUAAAGGUCAUGCUAAAUGCGUGGAAGUUGUAAAGACUUUUAACUUGCCAUUGCUGAUGUUAGGAGGAGGAGGAUAUACUAUUCGUAAUGUUGCUCGAUGCUGGACGUAUGAAACUGCUGUUGCCUUAGAUUGUGAAAUUCCUAAUGAGUUGCCAUACAAUGACUACUUUGAGUAUUUUGGACCAGACUUCAAGCUUCAUAUUAGUCCUUCAAAUAUGACUAAUCAGAAUACACCAGAAUAUAUGGAGAAGAUCAAGCAACGCUUAUUUGAAAACUUGCGCAUGUUACCUCAUGCACCUGGUGUACAGAUGCAGGCCAUUCCUGAAGAUGCUGUUCAUGAAGAUAGUGGAGAUGAGGAUGGAGAAGAUCCAGACAAACGCAUUUCUAUUCGAGCAUCUGAUAAGCGCAUAGCCUGUGAUGAAGAAUUUUCAGAUUCUGAAGAUGAAGGGGAAGGUGGACGACGAAAUGUUGCAGAUCAUAAGAAAGGAGCAAAGAAGGCCAGGAUAGAGGAAGACAAAAAAGAGACGGAGGACAAAAAAGCAGAUGUUAAGGAGGAGGAUAAAUCCAAGGACAGCAGUGGUGAAAAGACAGACGCCAAAGGAGCAAAAUCAGAACAGCUCAGCAAUCCUUGAACAAAAGAUAGCCUCUCAUCAGUUGCAGACGUAAUACUAGAGUUGGAGAAUACCUAAAAGAAGAAAAGUUUUCGUAUUGAGAGAGACUGCUGAUUUCAUUUUGUACUAUUUGGCAUGGACUGUAUUUAUUUUCAAACGGCUUUGUUCUGGUUUUUGGCAAGUUGUAUUGUGAGUUUUCUAAUUAUGAGGCACAAAUUCCUUUCUUCACCAUGCUUUAUGUAAUAGUAUUUAAAAAUGGAUGUGAGUUAUUAUGUUAAAUGUCCAAACUGAUCUAUUAAAGUAAUUUGCCUUUCCUGAGCUGAUUUUACCUUUUUUGUAAUUUUAUCUUUAUUAAAAAAAAAAAAAAAAUUGUACUUGGUUGUCUUUGUCCAUCAUUGACCUACAAAGAGGAAGAACUCCGUAUAAAUUAAGCAGACUUAGGCUUAGCUGUGAGCAGCUACUGGAUUUAAAUGGACCGCUGGCGAACACAUGAGUUGAACUGUGGUGCUUUCAUCGACUCCACACGUUUCAGUGGCUUCUGCACAGGUGCAAGCAAAUGUACUGGAACAUGAGUGUGUGAGAGUUGAACAGGCUGAAUAAAUGGGUGAAGAGGUGUUGGAAUAAGGAGGUUGUAUGAAUUUGCAUUUUAAUGUAAAGGUUUAAAACU